AUGAAGCGACUGGAAAAGGUUGAUAAAAAUGUGAACAAGAGCAGCAGCAUAGACAACGGAAACGAGAGAGAAGAACUCAGCGAGAGCAUCAUACGUAACAUAUCGAAAGCGUUUUACAUAAAUUCGAUCGAGUUGGUCGACAACGGUCCUUUCAUAUUCAACGAUGAUCUCAGGUACGGAGGAACCAAUUUGGACGAUGACGUUUUCAUAGAAAAGGAAAAGGAAUUCUCGUGCGGAGGGAGCCAGGUGAGCGUGACGAAAAAGGAUUUUCAUUACGAGAGAUCCGAGAGACGUUUGUCGUCGUCCAACGAAGAUGGAGGGAAAAGCGAAAGCUACGGCCAGGGAUCUCGUCGCGCUUCCGACGUCAUCGAUUCCAUCGGUGACGAUUGCGUGAAUUUGAGACGGUCACUCGAAAGCGGAGGAAUCGCCAUCGCCUCUCCAAGAAACAGGGUUUCAUCAGAUCUCGGAUACAGCGGUAGUUACACUUCUUCACCGGCCGCAUCUUUCAGUUAUCCUCCUCAGAUGUACACGCCAUCAUCCGGCGGUGGUAGGGCUUUAAAUGACGUCACAGAUUCGAAACCUUUCACGAACAUUUACGACAGUUCUGGAGUGGAAGCUGUCAUGCCGGUCGAUCGUGAUGCGGACGAAUACAACAUGUAUCACUCCCGAAGGGGUCGAGCCAUCAUAAUCAACAACGAUAUAUUCGACAACAAUUUGGUGAGCCCGCGAAAAGGUUCUCACGUCGACGUGGAAAAUCUAACGAACGAAUUUACGAAUUUGGGUUUCGAAGUGACCGUUUUCAGCAACAUGCCAUACUAUCAGAUCAGCGAGGCCAUCAACGAAGUGAGCAAAGAAGAUCACAGCGACGCGGAUUGUUUGAUGAUAGCCGUACUGACUCACGGUUUCGAUAAUGGUUACCUGUACGCGAGAGACACGAUAUAUUCCAUUGACAAUUUGUGGCAUCCAUUCACGGCCGACAGGUGUUUAACACUUGCUGGAAAGCCUAAAAUAUUUUUCGUUCAGGCUUGCAGAGGAUCGAAAGUCGAUUCGGGAGUCACUUUGGUCUCUCGUAAAGGUUCCGUGAGCGAAACGGAUGCUGGUAGUGCAGCCUACAGACUUCCGUCUCAUUCUGAUUUUUUAAUCGCUUAUUCGUGUCCGGAUGGAUAUUAUUCGUGGAGAAACGUGGAGGAUGGAACGUGGUUCGUUCAGAGUCUCGUAGAGGAAUUACGUAAAAACGGUACGACGACGAAUUUUUUGACUUUGUUAACGAGAGUCAAUCGGAGAGUCGCCGUACAAUUUUCAAGUUACAGCGAAGACGAGCCCUGGCUCCACGACAAAAAACAAGUUUCGACAGUGAAUGACGCGCGAGGAGAGGAUAUAUCUAUGUUUUUAACGAUGAAUGAAAACGACAACAAACACGUUCGGGUUAAAAAACAUAUCGGAAGUAAAAAUCGAUGUGAUAUUACAUCGAUAUGA